AUACCCCACCCACACACACAGGAUGGAAGUUGUCCAAUUACUUCAUAUGAAAGGGGGAAAUGGUGAUGCAAGCUAUUCAAAUAAUUCUCUUCUUCAGCGAAAGGUGAUAUCGAUGACAAAGCCCAUCCUAAAACAAGCUACAGUAGAUCUUUACUGUGCCAUGAAUUGCCCAAAAACGAUAGUCAUGGCCGAUCUUGGAUGUUCAUCUGGACCAAACACCCUGCUUGUGGCGGCUACGUUUAUCAAAAUGAUUAACGAGAUUAGUCUCAAAAUGGGCAAUGAACCACCCCAAAUCCAAAUUCAUUUGAAUGAUCUUCCAGGGAAUGAUUUUAACAUCGUCUUUCUUUCGUUGCCCAAAUUCCUUGAGAGUUUGAGAAACGAUGUGUACCACUCCAAUCCCUCUUCACCUUCUUGCUACUUCAGUGGGGUAGCCGGUUCGUUUUAUACGAGGCUUUUUCCUAGCAAAAGCAUUCAUUUCGUCCAUUCCUCGUACAGUCUUAUGUGGCUCUCUCAGGUUCCUCAACUUGAAGAGACGAACAAAGGGAACAUAUACAUGUCAAGUACAAGUCCAUCAAGUGUAAUAAGAGCAUACUAUCAACAAUUCCAGUCAGAUUUUUCGGUGUUUCUCAAGUGUCGUGCAGAUGAGACGGUGAGUGGAGGGCGUAUGGUUUUGACCAUAUUAGGGAGAAGAAGUGAUGAUCCUUGUAGCAAAGAAUGUUGUUACAUUUGGGAGCUCUUAGCCAUGGCUCUCAAUGAUAUGGUUUAUGAGGGACCGAUAGAAGAAAGGCAAAUGGACUCAUUCAACAUUCCUCAGUAUACACCUAGUCCCAAAGAGGUCAAGAAUGAAGUUGAGAAAGAAGGAUCAUUCUUAAUUGAUUGUCUUGAUGUUUCUGAAGUAACAUGGGAUUCAUCUACAGAUAACGACCUCAUACGACCAGAAGAAUGUAAAGAGUGUGACAUUGGAGGAUAUAGCAUGGCAAAAUGUAUGAGAGCUAUAGCCGAACCUUUGCUAGCUAGUCACUUUGGAUUGUCCAUAACAAAUGAGAUUAAAGCAAUGAUUGUUGAAUCAAAUAAGUUUGUAGAUAUGGAAGGUGUAAAUGCUUAUCUCACACUAGACAAAUUUUCCCCUAGUUGCCAAAGGAUAUUGGUCAUUGCUCUUAAGGACGAAACCAAGCUGAUGUUGGUUGGGAACAUCAUGACUAUUCAGAAAGAAUAA